CCGUAGCCGGCUGCGGCUUCUCUCACCGGACUGGACUCCCGGGAAGUGGACUGGCAGAGGAAGGGGGCAAGCUAGCUGUCGCCGCGGUCCGAGUAGGAGACCCCCGGGGUGAAGCAGCCUCACAGGGCGGGGUGGGCUGGCGAGCCGACGCGGCUGCCGAGGCGGCUGUGAGAAGAGCGUGGGCCAGGGUCCGGGACAGAGAAACCAUGGCCCCACAGAACCUGGGCACCUUCUGCCUGUUGCUGCUGUACCUCAUCGGAGCCGUGAUCGCUGGGCGAGAUUUCUAUAAGAUCUUGGGGGUGCCUCGAAGUGCCUCUAUAAAGGAUAUUAAAAAAGCCUACAGGAAACUAGCCCUACAGCUUCAUCCGGACCGGAACCCUGAUGACCCGCGAGCUCAGGAGAAAUUUCAGGAUCUGGGUGCUGCUUAUGAGGUCCUGUCAGAUAGUGAGAAACGGAAACAGUAUGAUACUUACGGUGAAGAGGGAUUAAAAGACGGUCAUCAGAGCUCCCAUGGAGACAUUUUUUCACACUUCUUUGGAGAUUUUGGUUUCAUGUUUGGAGGAACCCCACGACAGCAAGACAGAAAUAUUCCAAGAGGAAGUGAUAUUAUUGUAGAUCUAGAAGUCACUUUGGAAGAAGUGUAUGCAGGAAAUUUUGUGGAAGUAGUUAGAAACAAACCUGUGGCAAGACAGGCACCUGGCAAGCGGAAAUGCAACUGCCGGCAAGAGAUGCGAACCACCCAGCUAGGUCCGGGGCGCUUCCAAAUGACCCAGGAGGUGGUCUGCGAUGAGUGCCCGAACGUCAAACUAGUGAAUGAAGAGCGAACGCUGGAGGUUGAAAUAGAACCUGGGGUGAGAGACAGCAUGGAGUACCCCUUUAUUGGAGAAGGUGAACCUCAUGUGGAUGGGGAACCAGGAGACUUACGGUUCCGGAUCAGAGUUGUCAAGCACCCAAUAUUUGAAAGGAGAGGAGAUGACCUAUACACAAACGUGACAAUCUCACUAGUUGAGUCUCUGGUUGGCUUCGAGAUGGAUAUUACUCACUUGGAUGGUCACAAGGUGCAUAUUUCACGGGACAAGACCACCAGGCCAGGAGCCAAGCUGUGGAAGAAAGGGGAAGGUCUCCCCAACUUCGACAACAACAACAUCAAGGGCUCUUUGAUAAUCACCUUCGAUGUGGAUUUUCCAAAAGAACAGUUAACAGAGGAAGCCAGAGAAGGUAUCAAACAGCUGCUUAAGCAAGGCUCAGUGCAGAAGGUGUACAAUGGACUGCAAGGAUAUUAAGAGCGAAUAAAAUUGGACUUUGUUUAAAA